UAGUCUUUCUACCUCUUGUGCCAAUUAUGUUCUUUAACUUUAUACAUACGACUAAAUAAGGCUGUAGAUUUUUUUCUCUCACAAGUGUCAAACCCCACUCGUUUAGGCUUAAGGCAUUGCUUGCUGUCAAUUCACCAUCUGCCGAAAACGAYCACUGCACUGCAGUAUUCCAGUUUGUGGUGUUUGAAUUGAACUAUGAGGAUGUGGAUAUUGUUUAUCAAUAUUUUUACAUUUACUGUGUAUUUUGCAGGGAAGUAUUCAGCAUCUGCUCUUCAAGAUGUAACAACUGACUUGUUCGGGUCUGAAAAUCAUGGCACUGUGGCUGCUUUUGGCGAUUUCAACUCGGAUAAACAYACAGAUAUUUUCAUCAUCAGAGAACAAUCUGAGUUGGUGAUAUUCUUGGCUGAUCUGAAAGCCCCAUACUUCAAGCCAAAAGUACAUAUCACUAAAAAUGAUUUGCCCGUCAAUUGUAUCAUAACCGGUGUUGUUCCCGGAGACUACGAUGGAGAUUCUCAGAUGGAUGUGCUUCUUACAGUUCAGCUCAAGACCAAGGCCACCUCAGACACAAUGGUUUUUGUAUUCUGGGGAAACAACCAAACCCUGGAUGAACAAGUUGACCUUAAUAAGACAUUUGUGGACCAACCUCUGAUAAUGGACUUCAAUGGGGACAUGAUUCCAGACAUCUUUGGSGUUUCCGCUGAUUUCUCCACUGAAGUCUGCUACCUUACUGGAAGGAACGCAGUGUGGCAGCCAGCUCUUAGUUCACCUGUCAAGAUACGUGUUCCUCAUUCCAAUGCUUUCAUCGACCUAAAUAAGGAUUUCACCGCCGAUUUGUUCCUCACAACCCAAGUUGGCAAUGGUCUGGGCUUCGAGACGUGGAUUAAUAAGGAUGGGAACUUCACCAAAACCCAGCCCGGAAGUGUACCAGAAAAUGUCAAGAAAGUUGGCCAGUCUUCUUUUGUCGACUUUAAUGGAGAUGGGUUCCAGGACCACCUUCUCCCAGUGUGUCUGGACGAUGCAUGCCACAGGAGUGAGCACAGAGCAAGAGUUACAGUAUAUACAGGGUGGGUGCCAGUCCUGACAGAUUUCCAGUGGAGGGAGACUCUCUGGGGCUUCGUGCCCCCCCAGACCACCCCUCCUGCUGGGGAGCUCCACAACCCCAUCACCCUGCACCUGGGAGACUACAACAUGGACGGCUUCCCUGACGCCCUGGUCAUCCUGCGCAAUACUAGCGGGAGUGGCCAGCAGGCCUUCCUCCUGGAGAAUAUUCUGUGUAACAACGCCAGCUGUAAGGAUGUGGGCCGCAUGUUUCGUGUCCACUGGGACCAGUCUGACCUGGGGGCCAUCCCCGGGGCCGCCGUCGCCACCUUCUUCGACAUCUAUGAGGAUGGAAUAUUGGAUAUGAUCGUGCUCAGCAAAGAGGAGGGGAGAGAGGGCUUCGCCAUCCACGCUUUGAAGAACAACUUUGAAGCCGACGCGUACUUCGUCAAAGUGAUUGUGCUCAGUGGACUCUGUUCUAACGACUGCCCCGGAAACGUCAAGCCGUUUGGUGUGAACCAGCCUGGGCCAUACGUCAGCUACACUACAGUGGACUCCAACGGCUACCUGAAGAACGCCUCAGCGGGCCAGCUGAGCCAGUCGGCCCACCUCUCCCUGCAGCUGCCUUACACCGUCCUGGGUCUGGGGCGCAGCGCCAACUUCCUGGACCACCUGUACGUGGGUAUCCCCCGGCCCCUCGGGGACAAGAUUCCCCUGCGCGGCUUAUUUGAAUUUGAGACGCUGGCUCCCGUUCCUCGCCUGUCAAAGAAAAGAACAGAGGUCUUCAUCAUAGCGGAUUUGCAUUGCAAAUUUCUGCCCAUACCUCACUACCUUGGGAGCGAGGCUCGUACAGAGUAAGGCAUCUGAGGUACAGCAACGUGCUCUGUUAUCGCUCGCACCCUUUGAGUUAUGCAAGAAAAUGUUUCCACAAAGGUUCACAUUUCCCCACACAGCAGUUAAUAAAAUAUAAUGCUUUGUAUUAUGCUAACCAAUUUUUACCUUCAGAGGGUGUAUGAAUAUGGUGUGUUCAGUGCUACAUACUGAGUGUACAAAACAUUAAGAACACCUGCUCUUUCCAUAACAUAGACUGACCAG